GGUGGCAGGGCGCGGACAGCGCCACCGGCGGGCCCUGCCCCUGUCUGCCCCGGGCAGUACGUUUCUUUGUCCCUGCAUGGGGCUGGGCUCGAAGGCCGCUGGCCGCGAGCAAAAGCCCUGACCCGGGACCAGAGCUCCGGCUUCCAAGUCACCCGCGGCAGCGAGCGAGCCCUGAGCAGCAAGCAGCGCUAGUGCCCAGGCGGCGGCUCCCGUCCUGCUCUUAGGCUAUGCAGAGAGCCUCGGGCCAUGGAACAAGCCUGGAACUCGUGCCUUUCGCUUCUCUCAGGCAAAGUGGAGCUCAGGGUGGCAAAGCCCAUCCUGAGUAGCUUGGCUUGGGGGCGAGAGAGAACUCACUGGAACCUUCUCCCCGAAGACGCGCACUCAGAUCUGGGGCGCAUUCUGGAAUUUAUCAGUAUAGCAGUGGGCCUGGUCAGCAUUCGUGGUGUGGACAGUGGACUCUACCUCGGCAUGAACGAGAAGGGGGAGCUGUAUGGAUCAGAAAAACUAACACAGGAGUGCGUGUUCAGAGAACAGUUUGAAGAAAACUGGUACAACACCUACUCUUCCAACCUGUACAAGCACGUGGACACCGGAAGGAGAUACUAUGUUGCAUUAAAUAAGGAUGGGACUCCAAGAGAAGGGACCAGGACUAAACGGCACCAGAAAUUUACACAUUUUUUACCUAGACCAGUGGACCCUGACAAAGUACCUGAACUAUAUAAGGAUAUUCUAAGCCAAAGUUGACAAAGACAGUGUCUUCACUUGAGCCCUUAAAACAUAACCACUAUAAAUGCUUUCAUGCGGUGGGUUCUUAUUGAUUAGCAGUGCCGUCACCUCAGCUCCACUGUUGCCAAACUUUGUCGCAUGCAUAUGUAUGAUGGGAGCUUGGAUGAGGACUUGCCGAUUUGCUCUGCACUUACUGGCUGGUCCUCCUGGAGGGCUGCCUAGGGCCACUUGCUUGAUUUAUUGUGAAAGCAGGGGAGAGAGGCUGCGGGAGAGGGUGCGAGUGCAUGAGUGAGUAGAGGGGGGACUGCAGCGCGCCACGAGGACAACGGCCUGAUGCAUGCUGGGAAAUAGACACGCUUUUACAUUUUUGAUCAGUUGAACUUCAUCCUAUAUCAGCACAGCUGCCAUACUUCAACUCAUCAGGAUUUUUGGCUGGUGGCCUGCUCAAGGGAACACUGCCUUUCCACAGGCGUGGAAAGUGCAGUCUCACUUAAAAAGACUAUCAGUUCAUUCUCGCUGGUAUCAUAGCCCAGUGAAUUUAAAGCAAAGACCUCUUAGUUUAAAAGAAAAAAAAAGAAAGAAAAAAAGAAAAGAAAAAGAAAAAAAUCAAGGAAAAAAAUAGAAAAAAAGAAAAAAGGUUAAAUUUAUUUAUAGAAAUUCCAAAGGCAACAUUUUAUUUAUUUUAUAUAUUUAUUUAUUAUAUAGAGUUUAUUUUUAAUGAAAUAUGUACAGGCCAGAUAGGCAUUUUGGAAGCUUUAGGCUCUGUAGGCAUUAAAUGGCAAAGUCUGCUAUGAACCUGUGGUAACUUCAUGCAAGUAGGUAUACGAGAAUUCUAAUGGCCCUAAUGUACUAAAGGCGACAAUCUAUUUUGUGCCCAUAUUAUUAUUGUAAACUUCUGCACAUCGCUCAUGACACUGAGGAUUCACUCUUCAGACUGCUUGUUUCAUAGUUUAUCCCAGAGGAUUAAAGAUAAACCGGGUUUCAACCCUUCAUUUCGUGUCUGUAAUUUUCCUCUCUCGUAACUCAGUGUAACUCUGUGUGACUGGCGGUUGGAACUUCUGAGGGUUGGUGUAUGUCUUACUUGUUCUAGUCUGUUGUGGAAUGUACCAAAGCCAAUCAAGGACUGUGCUUUUUAACUUCAGUCCACCUCUGUGACAACAGGGCUAGCAUUAAACAUGGCACUGAUUAAAAAAAAAUUCCCAAGGGAGAGGAAAAACCGUUUACGUGGUUCCUUCACCCUCUCCUCCUCUUCUUUCCCUUUUCUUCUUUUCUUCGCUUUCUUUUCCUGAGGCAAAAAUCAGAUGAACAGGAACAUUCUUGUAAACAUUUUAUUUGUGUCUUGGCUAUCAAAUAUGGAAUUAUACAAGGACCCCAGGGCUCCAUUAUAGCAUCUUUUAUGGAGGUUGCAUUUGGUGUGAACUGUCAUCAUUACAUGGGGCUAGUACCCUUCAAGUAAAACUUGCAACAUGAAACCAAUAAAUCUUAUCAGUAAUGACACGAGAGGGGUACUGUACUCAUUGCCUGUGCUUUAUUUCUGAAUCGGUCUUCAGGAGCGCUCAGAGAAGCGGGUACUAUGUAGAACACUGUUUACAAAACCCUUCAAAACAUUACGGGCCAAAAAUCUCAAGAAUACGUACUUAUUUGAUAGCCAAAAUUCCCCCAUUGGGCAAGGGAGACCAUUUAUCUCUCAGUACAUGCUAAGGUGACAAGGGCCAAAUUCUCAAAGCAAUCUUUUAGAAAAGAAAUCUAUAACGCAUUUCCACUUUCUAGCCAGUUAACGUGGGGAGAUCAAAAGCGACAGCUAAAAAAUGUGUUUGGGUUUGUGUGGCUAAUUUUAAGAUGCGAUAUUCUGGCUUUGUUUGGCUUGGAUGCGCAUUCUCCACGGGAAGCGAAAGCAUGUCUUUGGCAGGCUGUAGCUGCUGUGGUCUAGAAAUGCCUGCCUUCCUGUCCUGAGCAAAUCCACGUAGCCCUCUGAUGGUCCAAGCUGGGGCGUGCGGUGAUGUACGGUGCUGAUGAGCGCCAGGGAGGAGCUUGUAUUUGGAACUGAAAGGUGUCACCGAGAGAGGAGCCAGACGCUCUGUGAAACGGGUGGGUCGGGUCGGUCGGUCCAUGGGAUGAAGAUCAGAGCCUCCUCCUCCGUAUGUGUGUUCCUCGGAUCCCCCUUUCACUUUCUAAACAGGAGCUGCGGUGGAUUUUGAGCAGGGUUUUUAUUUGUUAUUUAACACUUUGCUGCUAAAAUGUACACAUACUCAGAUUUCCACUCAUCCAUCAGCAUUUAUUUUAUUUUAUUUUAUUUUUUUGCUGAAAAAGAUUCGACAUUUGGCCACAGGAAAGAGUUAGGUUGGUAGGUCGUCAUAGCUGUAACAUCUGAAGAAAUUGAUUUUAAGAGAAGCCAAUAACCAUUGUAAAGUAGCAGGGGUUCUAGAAAACCAGCCCAGAGGAAUAAAGAACUGCGCAGAAACUAAAAAUUUCAUAUAUUCUCAGAAAAUGCCACUUUAAUGUCUAUUCUUGAACUUUGUUUUGGUACUUUUUUUUUUUUCCUUUCUGAAAAGCAAAAAUGUUGUCUGCUUUUGGUAACCAGUACAAUAAACUGUAACGGUCUGUAAAUAAAUAAAUAUUGAUGUAUACAA